AAUGUGUUGCUGCGUGUGGAAGGCGAGCAGAUGGAAGCUGUCGUGGCUGACUUUGGACUGGCAGCAAAGAUCCCAUGCGUCACGGGGGCUGUAUUAUCUGUUGUUGGCACACCGUAUUGGAUGGCACCGGAGGUAUUGAAUGGCGAACCGUACAACGAGAAGGCUGAUGUUUUCUCUUUUGGAAUUAUACUCUGUGAAAUCCUGACUCGUGUGGGAGCGGACCCGGAGAACUUACCGAGGACUAGAGACUUUGGUCUGAAUGUGGGUGAACUGAUGGAGAUGGUGGCUGGUGCACCGCCCAUCUUGGUCCGACUGGGUAUUCACUGUUGCCAACUUGCUCCAGAGCGACGCUUGACGUUUGCGCUGAUCGCAUCGCUGCUAAACCGUCACCGAGGCCAGAACAUGUUCAAUGAGAUAAACAGCAGAAUGCUGAUAGUGGAAGAGAGUGCGAUGGGUAGCGCUAGUGACUCACCGUUGACUGAGGGGGAGCACCCUUUCAGUCACCUUAGUCCAUGUUGCAGUCCAGUACCAAGUUCAACACUACUGUCGUCCAAUUCCAGCACAGAGAUCCUACAGUGCCUCUCACCACCGUUUCGCAGCACAAGCUCCACAUCGCAGCUCCCGUCGCCAUCUGCAUCGCUCGACGACAGCUGCAACUCCAUACUGCGUCACUUGACACUGGAGCAGCCUGAUGGUGGUACCCCGCAGGACCAGCACCUGCAUGCGGUGCCGGGCACUAUGUCGACGGCAGACCGUGACGUGCUUGACGAGUACGUCGCUGCAAAGUCAGAGUGCCUGGCAUCGCCGGAGUCACUGUCCUCGGCGUCCAUGGAGGACAACGCCUCUCCGACGCCGUUUUCAUUCCCCGCUGCGCGAGAUAUCAUGGAGCAGCUCGUGUCAUCAGCUAGCGCCUGUUCAUCUCCAACGCCUGCUUUACCACCCAGUCCACCAUCUAUGACACAUCAACCUUCGUGUGCGCAAGCUGUUUCUUCUCCGGCAGUUCCUCUGGACAAUGACAUUAGUAGUUCAGGGGGAGCUGCUGCUAGUAUGCCCAUCACUACCAGAGCCGCGAGCGAUUCCGCUGGCGGAAAGUCACCGCGUCCCCGUGCGGCGUGGCGGGCAAAGCACCAGCGCUCGGCAUCACUGAGCAAGUACCGUACUAGACCGUUUCCGUGCCUGGCCGACCAGCCCGUAUCCUCCGCUCCAAGCAGCCCAACAUCUUCGCGUGCUUUCCCAAGACAUGCUCCGCCGAUUAAUAUUGCACGCUUGGAGCCCAUUGUGAAAACUCGUCCGCGGAGCGCUACACCAACAAUGGAAGGUGACUACUAGCUAGAAUCAUACAUAGUAUACUGCAAGAUGGAACUUGAUACAUCCUGCCAAACUGCCGCCGCAUCGUUUCUAGGUUAAAUUCUGUUGCCUGGAGUGUAUUACGCGUUGUCUUUCAAUCAGUGGUAGCACUGUGACUUUGAGCAGGUGAAGCUAUCUUCCAGUGUGCAUAUGUCGGAGUGCCUGUAUUUCCCCACUCCUUAUCAUCAACCAUGACAGCCUCAACUCUUGAGACCAUUGAGUCCAUGGCACUCUCAUCUAGUUUCUUCAGCACUCGACUGCAAUGUGCAAUACAACCCUGAACCUGUUACGUAACUUAGACUUGUAGAAUCACACAGUUAGCGCUGCUAUAUUCACCUACUCUUUCAGAUAUCUGUUCUAUUUUGAAGAUUUGUCCACCGCUGGCCACGCAGACAUACUUGUGACGAACCAAACCUUUACGACUGAUCUCUUUAUACCAAAAUUUCCCCGUUUAUUGACGCUAUCCUGCAUAGUACCGAAGUAUCUCCUAAGCACCCUUGUGUACCCACCAAUCACAACUCUAUGGCGUUGGCUUGACGUUGCAGUUCUCCACGCCAUCAUUUUUUCCUGGUUUAUGACGUGUUGUACACGACUAUCACACCGUUGAAAACGAGGCGCACAUUCGUCCUUCCUAUAUUUCACAAUACUCGUAUUUCACAAUCUCUUAGUCACUGCCAUCUAAAGCGGAAUCUGGCCUUCAGGCCUAGCUUCCAGUCGCUUCUUGCUGAUAGUGUAUACCGUGACUUGUAGUGAUUCAGUCUGUGUCUGCA